UAUACAUAUAUAUAUAUAUAUGCGUUUUAUAUGUGAAACAAUUGUCUUCUUAAACAUCUGGAAAUGUAACGAGAUUGAUAUAAGACUUCUGAAAAAUUGAUGAAACGAUUAUAUCAAUCUCAGAAUUGUACGGAUAAUGUUUGUGCCAAGGUAAAUCAGCUCGCGUGUGCAAUUCGAUGAUUUGAGCGGCGACGAUGACAUAACCGGUAUAGCGGUUUGAUCGCCGGUCGAUGAUGAUGACGGCCUUGGACUUGCCCGUUCGUUCUCGAUUACAGUCGUUACGUCUUUGCAAGUGGGUGUCGCCGAUAAUGUGGAACUCGGAUUAUCGGAAACAAAUAAGUCGCGAAAAACACGCGAACAUUGUUUUAUAAAUCAUACUUUUUUUAUUUGCGCAUUGGUGACGCCUUUCAAAAAGAGAUCUUACACGCAUAUAAACUGAUAUGAACAAAUUUAUUACUUUUUAAAAUAAUAAUUAUACCAGUUGUGAUUUAUGUGUUUACAUAUAUUUUUAUACUUGUAUAAUAUACAUAUAUUAUAUAUAGAUGCAUAGAUAUAUACGCAAAUAUUUAUUUUAUAAUAAUAUUAUUUACACAAUAAAUUACAUUGUACAUAGGUUUUCUUUAAUAAUACUCAUAUAUAUAAUAUGACCCCUAUCAAUAUAUUCAGACAAUGUAAGAUGUUUGAAAGAUGUCUUUUAGUUUUAUUUUUAAAAGAUAUUUAAAAAAUAUCUUAUGUUGGACAUUGUACUGUCUGGAUAGUCAGUUUUCGAGUUAAAAAAUUUAUUUACAGGAAACUCCUUGUGUAUUUUGUUCGCUUUUUCGCUCAAAAGCAGUAAACAGGGUUAUCAAGCAACUGUGUCGCGUAGACGCGGCGUCUGACUCGUGUGCGCGUUAUCAGUCCCCGUCAAGAGUGGACAAGAUUAUAAAUGCUAAUGCUUACUGUUAAUUUCUCAGAAUCGAAAAAUACAAUUAAUGGAACAAAUAGAAAAAAAAAUUAAGUUUGCUUUAGAUUUAAAGAUGGCCUCGUUUUACAAUAAUUUCUCGUCAGAAAGACUUUUGUUACAAAUCUUUCCUAAGCAACGAUGAAACACCUGGUUUCCUCGCCGUGUUCGUUACAAAGACAAAGAUUUCUCUUGAAUAGUUCGUUGACAAAAUUGGUAUUCCAUCCUGUCGAAUGAUUGAAAAGAUUGUCUCGCGCGAAUGUAUGCCGUGUUCGAGAUGAAUUAAAAUAUCACUGUCGCGUUCUCUCGGUCAAUGUGUCGGUAAAUUUAGAAAUCUACACGCUGUUCGUCUUUUGUACAUUAAACGAAUUGAGUUAUAAUUAUUUUUUUCUCGCGUGUGAUCAUAAAAAUCUAAAAAUCGCGCGAAAUUUCAUAUCACAAUUAUCUGUUUUAUAUUUAAUAUAUCUUCUCAUUAGUGUAUUAAAUAAUUGUGAAUAUUAUGUAACAGCGUUGUAAACCGCAGUGCCUGUCACGCACGAUAUAAUUAGAGCUUCUCGCGACGAAGGUCAGUCGCAAUUAUCACCAUUGACUUCAUUUCGAAAAAGAUAUUCAUAUGAAUGAAGAAAAGAAUUAGUCUUAAGAAAAGCGAUUUUACGGAUGAUUUUCUCUUAAGAGUGUCGCACGUGCUAAUUGACACGUAUGAAUCUUAGAAUUGUCUGCUUUUUACAGUCGUCUUGCUUAAAUUCAUUGUUAUAUCACGCGACGGAAUUUUUUCUUUUGAAAAAAUUUAUGCAUUUUAAUUUUUAAAAUAACUAUGCUUAUUAUACCUUAUAUUCUAUUUCUUGAGAGAUAAACGACCGCGACUGACCGAUUUAAACUCCACAUAUUUUUCAGCCCGACGGAAUCAGUAAGAUGCACAGAAGGUUCAGAAGUUAUCGUUUUGUUUGUCGCCGCAUUAUCGAGCAGACGAAAAUGACAAGUUGUUUUCGUCUUAUUUUUUCACGUGAUAAUACGGCUCGUCGUCAUGGGCUGGCAAUUAAGUACUUAAAUGAAAAAAUAUGUUUCUGCACAAAAUAUUAUUAUAUGUUAUCACUAUUAAAACGAUAAAGUCGAAGAUAAAACUUAAACUUGUUUUUCUAAAAAUUUAUAUAACUUAAGUUCUGACACAUAAUCAAACUGACCAUCGCUUCGAAUUAGUAAAAUACGAUUUGCUAAGAGAAAACUAUAUGACUCAUUAAAAUGCCGUCGGCCAAUGAUAUCAUAGUCGACGUUAAUUAUACAGACUUAUCUCUUUAGUUGAAUGUCCGUCUAAACCCUCGAUAAUUGUGAUAUAAAUUUUCUCAUCGAUAUCUUAGACCUAGUUCUUCAAAGGAAUAAAUCUACGAAUAUUUUGCAAAAACAUUUUUACAAGAAUUAGGUAUUGAAAGUUUAAAAAAAAUUUAUACUAUAAUAUUAGAUUUGUUCUAAAUAUAUGAUAUAAUAUGUGAAGAAUAUGGACUUACUUGAUUAGUUACUGGAAUUCAAAUUAAAUAUUAUACAUCGAGUUUAUAAUAGUUAUCUUGAUAUUGCAUCCUGUGAUAAUAUUUUCACAUACGCAUGUGAUUUGAAGAUUAUUUGAACGCGCGUAAUUUGUCGGGGGAAGAAAAAACGCGACAGCGAUUGCUGAGCCCACGAUUCAUGUGACUCAUUUCCCUGCCGCGGCUAAACAGGAAGGAAGGUCCAAUAAUUGGACAAACGGUCCUGUCCAAAAUGCAGUUGUGUCUGCAGUGUUGACGCAUCGCGGGCACGAUAAUUCAUCGCCGCUCCAUGUGACUCGCAUUAACUAAUUCACUGCGAUCUAACACACUGUCAGAGGGUCAUGGAACCCAUGGGACAUCCGUGGCGUUCUAGGACUUGCAUUCCCAUGACCGGGUUUCAAUGUACGAUAUCAGUCCGUGGAUACCUUUAAUAUUUGCCGAAUAAAGUGCAAUUUAUUAUAUCUCUUUCUAGUACAUACGUUAUAAUACCUUAUAUCUUUUAUUUAUACUUUUACGAUCAGAAAUAUUCUUUUUAUCUAAAGAUAAAGAUUUUAUUGCUUUAGCGAAAAAAUGCUGCACUACUCGGAAAAAAGAAUAUUUUUGCUUUCAGAAUAUCUUUAUCUUAAAUGUUGAAACGUUAAACUGAAAUGAUAAAAUGAAAUAAGAUUACAUAGUAUUAGAUGAACAUAAUUUGCUUAUAUAAAGAGUUUUAUAUAGUUUUAUCAAGAAAAAUAUAUAUUCUCAUAAAUUAAGAGAAAAAAGAUAUCGAAUAAAGAACAAUAAUAUUAAAUUAAUGUAAAAUUAUGUUUACCUAACGUUACGUAAUUUCACUUCAGUAUUUAACAUUUCAAGAAUAAAAACCUUCUCCAAACAAGAAUAUUCUUUUUUUCUAUAGAAAAUAUAUUUACGAUUUACUGAAUAAAACUUUUGCAUUUCAAAUUCCGCUUCUUUUGUAGUCGCAAGCAUGAUAAAUCAAAGUAUUUAAUUAACAAUGCACAACAGUGCGAUGAUUGAUGAACCUUCGCCACACGCGGAAGCAUUUCCCGUGGGAAAAUUACACGAGAAAUAACGAAAAGCUCGAUCGCGAGAAGCACAAAGAUGACAUGAAAGAAAUCGCUUGUCGUACAAUGAUGUAUUCUCACGAUACGCUUCUUCGUGAGAAUGCAAAGCACGCGUUGCUCACUCGAUUGUUAAGAUUAUUAAAAUGUUUAUUCUCAGAAUUUAUCUCGGGUUUGCAUUAACAGUGAGCCAACUUUAUCGGAUUCCUCGUCGCGAUUAACUCAGGCGUUGUUGUUCAAUAUUCGUUAUCAGCGAUCUCGAGCGGCGAAAACGCUCUUUAUAUGCUUGAACUUUACGAUUUCUUCGCGAAUUGCCUCAUAACGACACUCCGUUUAGAUGUAAUUGAUGUACGUCACCGAGAAAAUUUUCCUUUAUCCUCAUAAUCGUGGUAUAUUAAAAUAGAUAAUUUUAAUCAAGUAUUUACAAUAAUAAGUUGAAUAUUAGAUCGAUUAGUGAAUAAUACAAGAAAUAAAAAGAAAUGCCAUUUCUCGGUCAUUGAUAAGACUUGAAACGUAAUCGUAAACUGAAGCUGGAAAUAAUAUCUCAAAUUAAUUUAUUGCGAAAAACAUUACUCCAGCCAAAUUUUCUUUUAUAUUAUAGAAUAAUUUGAUUAAAUUUUAAUAAAAAUAUAAUAAAAUUCUUCCGCGUUGUCUCAUGACUAUCAUGAUUUUCAGGGGAAAUUCUUUUCGUGUACAGUUUCGCGAAUCUGUUGCACUGUGUACCGAUAAAUUCAUUAACACGAUUAUGGAUGUGCUAAACUCGGCGAAACUAGACGAAUUUUCGCAAUUUAUAAGAAAUAAUCGGAGAAGAUUAAACCGACAUCUUCUGACGUCUCUCGACUUAAUGAUGUACAAAAGAGCUAAUUGCUGGAUCAACUUUCAUGCGUCCCUAAAGAUAUAUUAUGUGUUUAUUUUGUACUUUUAUAAAUUUAGUUUUGUACUUUUUGCUUUCGGAUAUAAGCGCUACUCACUGUCGAGAUUAUUUAAGUAAAUUGGUAAAGGUUUUCCUUAAAUGCAGGUAAUAUUUAGCGAUAUUAAACGGCCGCCGCUUCUUUUCUUCCGCUGCCUAUUCUCACAAUCUCGCAUGGCAAUUUUCAAAUUCCUCGACACGCUUAGGGAUAAGCGUGAUAAAACAUUUUGCGAGUCCUAUUAAGCUGUGACGAAAGAGACGUAUCGGAAGUCACAUUAUCGCGCGGCGUUAAUUUGCUGGUGCAAAUUUGCGCGCACGGCGGAGCUUUUGAGCGCGCUACGCGCCCGCGGUAUUAUCUUUUCGUGUCGCGGUGUCCGUUGUAGAAAUAAGACGAUGAAUUAAACAAACGGAUUUUUACAGCCCGAUCGGUCAACAAUUAGAGAUCGUACUCUUGUGCGCAGGCGACCGCUCUUGUUUAAUUAUCUGCACCGCGCUUUUGAAAAUCACUCGACAUUCGGCCACCGUGCGAGGAGGUACGUAAUGAUAUCUCUCGUCUUUAUCUCUCGUCUAAUAUCGUGCGACUGUAACUUUUAUUAGAUUGUACGAGAUUAAUUUAAUAUCGGCUGCGAGAUAAUGAACUUUUACACUUUUUACGCGAUCGAGUUGUGUUAAUUUCCAACUAUUUCGUAUUGUAAGGUUGACGAAUGGCCAUUGGCGGAAUCGAUCUGUCCAUAUACAUGUAACGUUUAACGUAUCAGGGAAUUAGACGUUGAUUAUUAUUUAAAAAAUAAUACUGGGAUAUCGGAGAAGUCAUCGAUCGGAGCUGACGGCCGGCGCUGGUUAAGACGACCAUCCAUCAAAUUACGUGGUAAUUUUGGUCAAUGAUAACUCAUGACUUUGAAGGCAGCUUCCUACGAGCCCUCGUCGAGGGAAGUAGCCAAUUGCCGUGUACGGCUUUCGUACAGUCGCUACUAGAAACGCCGCCAAUAAGAUUCCUCUCGUGAUGAUACUUUGAUAGGAUCAGCUGCACUCGCAGCAGCGCGUAACACGUGAUUUUCACAAAUUUCUAUUAUUCGCAGGCAAAACAUUUUUUUCUUACUUUCACGUAUAAUUAAUCGCGCGCGAAUUAAUCUUUCGAUCCUUUUAUUCUGAAUGUGACAAUCGCUUGUAAUUGUCCAUCGAAUUUGUAAAACAGUUGUCAUUGUGGGGUAUAGCAUUUUCUUAAUCUUAAAUCAUAACUUUUAAAACGGGUAAUUCCCCUGAUUAACGCAAGAAACAAAUGUAAACGUAAACACGUACGCUGUCAUUGGCGAAACGGUGUACCGCUGCACUCUCUCUCAGAAUUGAAUUAAUAUAUUCGAAUUGAAUUAAAAUCGUCGAGUUUGCCAAGGAGGGUGGCGAUUUCUUCCAGCACUGCGACGUACGCGAGGUGUCCGUUGACAAUGGGCAAUUUGACCAGCUGUGGGUGGGAAGGGGGGAGAGGGAGAAAAUCGCGCGUGUACGUACGUGUGUGCAACGUUGACGGCUGGCCAGUACGGCCUAAUGAGUCCGUAAAUUGGACUAGGCUAUAGGGCCUUCUAUUUGAGAAUUGCACGGUCGGCUCUCUCGUCUCGCUGUCAGUGUGUGACUCACUGGCUUCGUGUGCAACGAGUGUUUUUCUCUCUCGCGAUUCUCGAACUUUCAACCUUUUCUUCCUGCCGAUUUGUCGCGUUUAUCCCAGUAUGUGUCAGUGUCAUCGCCGUGCCCGUCGAUUUCUUUGUUCCGCUCGAUCCGCGGAAAGGGAAAGGCUCUAGAUCGGCUUUUCGGUUUUGCCGCGGCUUCUCCACGAGGAAGUAAGAAACACGGAGCGGAACUUUACCGAUUUGAUGUGUCGCGAGGAGAUCGGUUUGUCAUAAAAACAUAUUUGGGCACGGCGAAGCGAGACAAUCGGCUGUUAAUCGAUUCUUCCGUUCCCUGCGGGAAGCAUGGGGCUGCAUAUUUAACAUGCAGAGAAAAAAGAGGAGAUCGUCGUAAAACGUCGCGAGGAAAUAUCGAACGAGUGCACGCGCGUGAGUGCAUAAUCCAUAAAAUCGACGCGACCGUGCGGAAAGCGCAAAAAUGGCGAGUCAAACCGCAAAGAAGGAACUUCUGGAGGAGACUCUACAUCACCAUCCGGAAGGUAGCGAGGAGGAAGUGGAUAAAGAAUGGGAGGAGUUCACGAGACUAAUGGCGAAAUUAAAGGAAAACCGCCGGAAUCGGCCACACAGACCGUCGCAAGCAUUCUACCCGUGUCCUCCGCCAAAUGCGGACGAAGAACAGCAAGAGUUCGAUCCUUUCGACUAUAUUAACACGAUUAUGUAUGGUCGCUAUACGAAGGACCUGGGUGAGUACGCGAAGGAAGAGGCACGCAAGCUCAAGUAUCAGGAGAAAGCGAGGCGGAAAUAUGAUAAAACGAGGGCCGAGGACCUACGGAAGUCCAGGGGUCCUCUGUGCCGGAAACUACUGGCCCUGCUGGCCUUCGCCUGGAAGCACACCGGUGCCCGGCUAGGCGAGGAUUGGAUCUUCCUCGCCCUCCUUGGUAUCAUUAUGGCGCUUAUCAGUUACGCCAUGGACCGAGGCAUUUCCAUGUGCAAUAACGCCAGGAUAUGGCUCUAUCAGGAUCUUUCGACGCAUCCGGCCUUCAAAUACCUGGCCUGGGUGUCUAUGCCGGUGUGCUUGAUUCUCUUUAGCGCCGGCUUCGUGCAUAUUGUUGCGCCGCAAAGUAUAGGCUCCGGUAUCCCGGAAAUGAAGACCAUCCUACGCGGCGUGGCGUUGAAGGAAUACCUGACCUUCCGUACUUUAAUUGCCAAGGUGAUCGGCUUAACGGCGACUCUGGGUUCGGGGCUGCCGCUCGGCAAGGAAGGUCCGUUCGUGCACAUCGCCAGCAUCGUCGCGACGCUCCUCUCCAAAUUGGUUACGAGCUUUCAGGGCAUUUACGAGAAUGAGAGCAGGAACUGUGAGAUGUUGGCCGCGGCCUGCGCGGUGGGCGUCGCCUCCUGCUUUGCGGCGCCGAUCGGCGGUGUCCUCUUCAGUAUCGAGGUCACCACGGUGUACUUUGCCGUCAGGAACUAUUGGCGCGGUUUCUUCGCCGCGGUCUGCGGCGCCACGAUGUUCCGCCUGCUGGCGAUCUGGUUCCAACGCGAGGAGACCAUCACGGCGAUGUUCGCCACUAGCUUCACCAUGGAGUUUCCUUUCGAUCCGCAGGAGCUCCUCGUCUUUGCUCUGAUCGGCGUUGGUAGUGGUCUACUGGGCGCCUUCUACGUUUGGCUGCACAGACAAUACGUAAUCUUUAUGCGGAAAAAUAAGAGCAUGAACAGCUUCCUACAGAAGAAUCGUUUCCUGUAUCCCGGUAUCGUGUCUCUGCUGGUCUCGUCCGUGUCGUUUCCCCUUGGACUCGGUCAAUUCAUGGCCGGCGAUUUAAACACGCACGAUCAGGUCUUCGGGCUCUUCACUAACUUCACUUGGACGAAGAAGAAUCUCAGUGUCGAGGAGAUGAAUAUCGUCAAGCACUGGUCAACGUCGUACACUGACGUCUUCAGCGGGCUUCUUAGUUUCGUUUUAGUCACCUUCAUUUUUUCCAUCAUAAGUUCGACGGUACCAGUACCAUCUGGAAUUUUUAUUCCCGUCUUCAAGAUCGGUGCUGCAUUAGGUAGAGCAGCUGGAGAAGGUAUGGCUCUUUGGUUUCCCACUGGCGUGCGUUAUGGCGGAAUAAUUACACCCAUUAUACCAGGUGGAUAUGCGACGGUGGGCGCGGCCGCGUUCUCCGGCGCGGUGACGCACACGAUAUCCGUCAGUGUCAUCAUCUUUGAGAUGACCGGCCAGAUCACACACAUCGUGCCCAUAAUGAUAGCGGUGCUGAUCAGCAAUGCCAUCGCCGCGCUUCUGCAGCCCAGUAUAUACGACAGCAUCAUCCUCAUCAAGAAACUACCUUAUUUGCCCGAUUUGCUUCCAUCUAGUUCAGGAAUGUACAACGUUUACGUGGAGGAUUUCAUGGUCCAUGAUGUCAAGUACAUAUGGCACGGCAUCAGUUAUCAAAAGUUGAAAGAUAUAUUAAAGGAGAAUCGCAAGCUUCGCGGAUUUCCGCUGGUAGAUAAUCCGGACUCCAUGAUUCUGCUCGGAUCGAUUCAGAGAUUGGCGCUAAUUAAGCUCAUUGAGAAGCAUAUCGGUCGCGAGAGAAGGUUGCAGGUUGCGCAAAAGUGGCAUAAGGAGGCGGAGGAGAGGGCGCGCGAGGAAAUAGAACGGCAGCUGCGAGAGCAGCAGAGAAGGCCUUCGAGAUUUGAGGUCAUUCCGGCACCGGACAUUCUGAAAAUGCAGCGACAGAGUGUUAACGAUCUAACGAUGUCGCCAAACAAUGGUAGCGGUCCCGAUCAUCAUACGUACCAUUCGCCGGUGUUCGGAUCGCAGCCGAAGAAAUCAAUCUUAAAGAAGACCAAUUCUUUUACCCUUAAGGGAUUCAGCCCGUUAGUCAGUCCGGCGGUGACACCUUAUACGACAGUUACAGGCGCAGAAAGCAGGAUUCGUUUGGCGUUUGAGGCGAUCUUUCGCAAGUCCGCUACAUUGCAGGACGUAGAUCCCGAUCCGGAACUGGGCACCAGAGGAAGUCAGGAUGCCAUCAACGCGCAAUCUCAUACGCCUAUGCUGGCCCCAAGCCCGGCGACAUCGAAGAAAGUACAAUUACCUCGGGAGAGAGUGAUAGACAUGUCGGCCGAGGACCAAAAACGAUGGGAGGAGAGCGAAAUGGCACUCGAGGUGGAUUUCUCAAAGUGUCAUAUCGACCCGGCUCCUUUUCAGCUAGUCGAAAGAACGUCCUUGCUGAAGGUGCACAGCCUCUUCAGCAUGGUCGGCGUGAAUCACGCUUACGUAACGGCUAUAGGCAGGUUGGUUGGAGUCGUCGCACUGAAGGAGCUGCGGAAAGCCAUCGAGGACGCGAACGCCGGCAUCCUGCCGAUGCAUCCCGAGUCGCAUAUCGCCGAGUCGCUCUCGAGUUUGGCGAGAAGCGAAACGGACACGGGGAGCAGCAAGAACAUCAAUGCGAUAAACUCUAUAGGUUCCGUGGAUUGUGAGAAAGCGGACAAAAUCUGAGAGUUAUACCCGUAUCGAGUCGACGAGCGAAAGCUUAUAUUGUGAUAGCCGCGUCGCCGCCAUUGUCGCGUGACGCGGCCCGAAUAAUGCGAGAGAGUCGUGUUUUAUCUGAUAUUUUCCUUUUCCUUCUAUCUUCCCUUUCCGAUCGUUCGCGCGAGCGAUCUAAGAGCGGCGAAGAGUCGUUACGAGCGUACAAUACCCGUAACAAUACUCUCUCAAACACUUCUCUCGUACUUAAGCCUAAGAUGAGCAAAAUAAAUCCCGAAAUAAGACGCGAGUGCGUGAGAUAGUAUUAAGCGAUGCAGUUUCGUUCUAGUUAAUUUCCUAUUCCGUUUUAACGUAAUAGUUCUUAAGGAUAUUUAAUGACGCGUGCUUACAUACGUUUGCACGACAUGCAUGAGAACGCGCGCUCAAGUCCCCGAUCGAAAGAACCGAAGAAUGCGAAUUUCUGGUCUCAAAGAACAAAGACGCACAAGUUGAGAAUACGCGUUUGCGAAAUACGCUGUGAAUCGCGAAUCUAUCGUUGUUACCGUAAACAACAAAUUUUUUUUAACAGUUGAACAGGUUUCACGACGGAGCGAAAGUGAUUUGUAAGUGCCAAAGGCAGCGACGCUGCGUCUCUCCCGCCCGCAAUGAAACGUGCAUAAUUUUACCUAAUGAUAAUUCUCAAUGUACGAGAUCAUUCUGGGCUCCUACGCUCCUUUAGCUAGUAAAUAUCUGACCAUGGUUGUGCCAGACUAUUAUAUAAUCAUUAAUUACUGUCAAUUCAAAUACGCGGUACAAGGCUGCGUUGUAGAUUGAAUUUUGCAAGAAAAUGCAGACAAUUCUCUUCCAUUCUCUAUACGAUACUUAAUUUAGAAGCGGAUCGAGAAAAAUGCCCUCGAAUGCUCAUUGGAUUUUCUCUAACGACAAUUCUAGCCUGCGUUUAUUUCCCAUGUAGAAUACGCUUAGAAAAUAUUCAUUAGAUUUAGACAUUAGAAAUCACAUUCGCAAAGAUUGUAUUCCUAAUGCAAGUCACAUUUCGGAUGUAUAAGAAUGAAGAGUAUUCUCUUGUAUUUCAUUACUAGAUUAAUAUUAGAGGUAAAGAAUAUCGUAGUUACUGUUCCGAUAAGGUUUCAUAAUGCGAUUGAGAUGAUGUUGUCUACAUCGAACUUUGCAUUAUUGCUGCGACCGAAGAAUGUCUCUAACGUAACUUUAAUAUUCCUCCAUUCGACUGUUCGCAGACAUUUCUGACGAUAUUUGAGGUACAUUUUACAUUCCGCUCUACUAGAUUCUCAUCUCGUUAGAUUGUACUUUUAUUACAAAUGCUGCGUAUUUUAUCGCAUCGUAUAGAAUGACGCUGUCCGCCAAUUGUAAAUAUAUUACGCAUCGAGUAAAGACCUUAAAUAAUUUA